AUGCAAAAUGAUCCAAUGGAGGGGGAGCAUUUGGAUUCGAACACUCUGAUGGAGGGGGAGCAUUCUUUCGAGGGGGAUAAUGAGAGAGAUAAUGUAGAUGUUGAGGGGGAGAGAUUAAAUUCUAUUGAUGAGGAGGAGAUAUUACAAAAUAAUGAAAAUUAUCAUGAUGUUAAUGAUGUUUGUUCAAUUUCAGGUUUAGAUAAGGUUGAAUUAGAGGAAGAAAAGAAGUCGAAACGUUCGAAGAAGGUUGUUGCUGAAUCUUCUACGAAAUAUGUUAAAGAAUCUACAUCAACAAAGAGUUCGAAGAAAGUACCAAUCUCAGAGCCUGAGCCAAUCCAACCAGAUGUUGUUAUUGCUGAUACCCCUUCGACUCAAAAGGAAAUUAUUCCUUCGAAGAUUGGAGUUUUUCAAAUAAUCAAGAUGAAGUCUAAGCACAAGAGUCGCUCACCUUUUACCAAUAUUGUUUGUAAACCACAAGUUUCACAUCAAGGAGUCAUCUUUCGUGAGAUUCCUAACCCUGCAUCACCGUCUUCAAAGAAAAGAAGGGAAACAGACAUGGCCAAACAUAUUUCAAAGAAGAAGAAGAAGAAGGGUAGAGUGAUUAUUUCAUCUGAAUCUAUAGCUGAUGAAACUGAAACCAUUUCAUAG